AUGUCUCAAGCUUUCCUGUUCAUCGCUAUCAACGUCAUCGUUUCCUUUGUCAACAUGGACAACAAAAGUCUCGGUAUCCAAACGAACCUCGCCGCGAGGUGGGGAUGGCUGGCCGUCGCCAACAUGGUCGUUACCGUCUUCUUAUCGCUGAAGAACACCCCGCUCGCGUACAUAUCCGCCUGGUCCUAUGAGCGUAUCAACGUGCUGCACAGGAUCGCGGGCACCGUCACGCUCGGCGUCGUCAUUCUCCAUGCGUGCACCUACGCCUCGUACUUUGGCAAUUCCAACAACAUCAAGCGCCUCCGCGAGCACGAAGAGAUCUACGGCAUAGUCUCCGGCUUCACCAUGUUCGUCCUCGUCGCGUCCGCCCUCAUCAUCCGCCGAUUCACCUACGAGCUGUUUUACUUUAUGCACAUCGUCUUCUUCCUGGCCACCGUCGUCUUCGUCGGCCUUCACCAGCCCGAAGUCGCCAAGAAGAUUGCGAUUGUGACCUGCGUCGUCGGCGGUCUCUGGGUCUUUGAUAGGUCCGUUCGCUUCAUCCGCCUCGUGUUUUACAGUGUCAACAACGAAGCCGUCGGCCCCGGCGGCGAUGCGUCCGGCUCCCACUGCUUCGUCUGGAUCCCCGGCGUUCGCUUCUUUGAGAUGCAUCCCUUCACCGUUGUCUCGUCUGCGUCCAACGAGUUUGUGGUCUCGUCUCACGAUGGGUUCACCCGCGACCUCCACAGAUUUGCCGCGGCCAAUCCGGGUAGGAGUUUGAUGGCUUCCGUGGAGGGUCCCUAUGGCACGUUCCCCAACAUGCCAUCUUUUGAUCGAAUCCUCAUGAUCGGCGGCGGUAGCGGCGCCAGUUUCACCACAGGAAUGGCCCUGAGGGUGUUGAACAAGUGGAACAAUAAGCUGCCCAUCGAGUUUCACUGGAUGGUUAGACACCGGGGAUACUUUAAGUGGUUUGCCGACCACCUCGUCGAGCUCCGGGCCAGUGGCAAGGUCAAUGUCAACAUUCACGUCACCGGAAACACCCCGCCGCCCUCCAUCGACGAAGAGAAGCCCAACCUCUACCUAGCAACGCCUCCACGCUCCACCACGCCCAUCGAGAUCGAUCGUGACCUCCGCUCUGUCGACAUUGAGAAGAUGGACGAGAUUGAAAAGAUGGAGAUUGCGUCUCAGCCCUCGUCACCCGCACACUCCGAGCACCUACCACCCUGCUCCGGAAACUGCGGGGCUCACCAUCUUUGCCUUGAUACCGGCAUCGAGAUCUCGGAAGGACGUCCGAACGUAUCGCACAUCAUCAGAGAGAGGGUGGCCGCCGCCGGUAGGACAGAGCGCAUUCUCGUCAUCGGGUGCGGGCCCACGAGUCUCAUGGAUGAAGUACGCAACACGACGGCAGACUGCAUCCGAUGUGAAGGCCCUGCUCUUGAGCUCCACUGUGAGCAAUUCGGUUGGUGA